AUGUUCUGUUCAAUCCCUUUCAAGACAACCCGACGCCUCAUCCGAUCACAACGCCACAGUUCUCCCAUAUUUUCGGCUUCUUAUUCUUCACUAAACGAUCCAAUCCCUGAAGAACUUGAAAGCGACGUUUUCCAAUCGAAAGACGAGAAACGAUACGUGACAACAGUGACACUCGGCAGAAAUUGCUCAUUGGCGGAGAGUCGCCGAAAAUCGGAUCGUCGCCGACCGUCAUUACCUGUGAUUCAACAGGAAGAGGUUCUCGCUUCAUUUUCCAAUCAUCAUCCUCCGAAUUCAUCAAUUUUAAGCGAAGAAAUGAUGUCGACAAUAUCUUCAUCCGGCAGAGGAAUGUCUAGAGGAAGACGGCCAUCACUUGCUGAAUGGACGGAGACUGUUAACAAUCGCUACCAGAGUAUGGAUGCAGAGGAUCUGGGCAAAGAAAACAUCGUCAUCGUCGAGUUUUUAGAGAAAGAAGGCGAACCGUCCACCGAACAAGUCACUUUUAAACCCGGGCAAAGCUUGGACGAGGCAUUGGAAAGUCGUUUACGUGAAAGAGGAGUCUCUGUUGAGGGAGUCGCUUUCUUUGUUGAGGGUUCAACGACUCCACUUCCCGAAGGAGCCGACGCACGAAAUCUUCAAGGAUACAAAAUACUUGUGAGAAGUCGAUCAACGAUGAGAGUUUCCCGUAAUGCGCGAACAGCUGUUUCAAUGGAUGAAACGCCGAUCGAUCGAUCGUCGAGAAAAGUCUCCGCUGAUGCUGUUUCAAGGAAAACUUCGUUCGUAAACGCUAAAAUGCUAGCCAAAUCUCGUCAAGCGUCGGAAUGCAGUCGAUCGAAUGGAUCCGAAGAGGUGCUCGAUUCGACGAGAAGUCGAGAUUCUUCACAUAGAGAUCUUACUCAUUUGGAUGAGCCGGGUUGUUCGGAGAAUCUUCAAAUAAUCGACGAUGGAAAUGCGACACGAAGAAAUCGAUCGGUCACCUCAUCAAGGAUUUCGCUUUUCUUCGGAAAAGAAAAAACGGAAAUGCUGAAUCGUUUAAACGCUUUUCGUGAUGCACGACAGAGGCAAUCGACGAAAUUGGAGAUUGAGGACUCGUGGCGAGCAAUUGUUGAUCCGAUUUUGAUGCAAAAUCUUUCUCGAAAAGCAGCCGAUCAACAGGAGGCAAUUUGGGAAAUCGUCAACACGGAAUACAACUAUAUAAGCUUAUUGCGAACGAUGGACGAAUUGUCGUGCUGUUUGACGGAUGUGCAGAGAUACAAUUUCUUGAAAGAUGUCGAUUCGAAUCGGGUUUUCAUCAACUAUUCGGCGCUCUUCCAAGCGAAUGUCAACUUCUGGAAUCGAGCAAUUCAUCCAAUGCUUUCAGAAGCACGAAAAAAGCAUUGCCCACUCGAUCCAACUUUUCUCUUCGCUGGUUUUGAUGAUAUUCAUGAAUGGUCUCGUUGUUAUAUCAAUUUUCAUCUUCAUCAUGAUGAAGCUCACGCUUAUGUAAGCAAGAAAGCGAAAGAACACGAGUUGUUCAGGGAAUUUUUGACGUGGGCCGAGAGUCAUGACGGAAUGAAGAGGCAAAAAUUGCUCGAUAUGCUGAAAUGUCCGAUGCAACGAAUCACACGAUACAGUUUACUGUUGAAGGCGGUUUUGCGAAUGUCGAUGCACAGCGAGGAGCAGCAAUUGUUGCAAUCGAUGGUUGAGCGAGCCGAAUCCGCGACUCAUCAACUCAACUUCGAAAUGAACAACAACGAUUUGCGGCUUCAGUUGCACGAAGUGAUGAAAAGUAUUGAAGGAGCCGAUUAUGUGGAUGGAGAGGAAUUCGAAAAGGCUUUCAAAAAUCGGUGUAUCCCGAAUUUGGCUCAUCCGAUGGCUUUGAGAGGAGGGCCAGCAAGAUUUCGAAGAGUGCAUAUGAGAGCUGAAUUGAAAGUGAAAGAGGGAAAAACGGGGGCAAAGGUUGACAUGCAUUGUAUCAUUUUCACCGACAUGUUGUUGAUGUGCAAAAAUCCGAAUAAAAAAGGAGACAAGCUGAGGAUCGCCCGUCCACCAAUACACAUCAGCAAGAUCUACUAUCAGCCGUUCUUCGAGCAACCAUGUGGUUUCUACAUGAUGAUAAUGAGCGAUUUUGACGUGCCAGCAGCUCUUUAUUUAAUGUACACAGCGAACAUGGAUGAGACAAAGCGUUUCCUCGAAAUGCUUGGCAGUGCACGUGAAGAGUUCUAUCUUUUGCAAAAGGAGGAUUCACCGGUUGACGAAUUUUAUAGAAAUGCUUUCGAUUCCCCAACACAUUCGAUCAGUUCAAUCAUUCAUCGAAAAAGCAGCAGUAUGGAUAGUCAAGUUGUCGCCGCCGCUCAUGCACAUUUGCAUCAUAUGCGCAAAACGGGAACAAUCUCCUCAACGGAACAACUCGAUCGGGGAAUGGGAUUGAGCGGAGAUUGGACGAAUCGUGGUGCAACACCAACACAUAAACUAUCUGUUGUUUCCUGUCAUGCGGCGCCGAUCUCACAAAGCAAGAGCUCGGUCGAUUUACAUCUUGGAAUCAAUGGCGCUCGAGCCGCGAGUCCGGAACAGACAAGACAUCGAUCGAGAUCGAAUUCAUCGGGGCCCGAAUUGCCGGAUGGAAAUGAGAGAAAUGAGAGAUCGAGAAGCCCGUCACCGACACCGGCAACAAGGACGUCGAGAUUGGAUACGCCAAGAGGGACUCCGAGAAACUCUUCUCCCCAACCAGCAAGCCCUGAAGAAAGAACAGCCGGCUCGCCAGCACUUUUGGUCACCUCAACAGAAGAAGAUGAUCAACAACCAUCGGGAAGUGGACGAAGAUUUGAGAAGAGAUAUCACACAGCUGAUGGUAUCGAUGUACUCAAGCCAAAGGGUGGACCAAUGCCAACGGGGAUUCUUAAAAGAUUCUCUUGGAAUGUCUCAACAGCAAUGGGUGCAAGCAGUCGAAAGAUUAGCUCGAAAUAUCAAGAAAGAGAUCAUUCAAGAAGACACUCACAAUCAUCAACAACCGAAUCUUUCGGCUCAUCAACUUCAGGAAUUUGCUCGUCAACGGGAAGCUAUCUUGACAGUGUCAAAGAUGAAGAGGGAAAAUCCCACGUGUCGACGAUUUGCAUUGGUGAGGAUUCGUGUGAAACAUUGAGCACAUUGAAUGGCUCACUCGAUUCCCCGCUUCAAUCACUUCCCGAAUAUCCGGCCGAAAGCUCCUCAUCUUUUUCAUCAAAUGGGAUAAUGAAUGGCCAUUCCACUCAUCGAUCAACGCCACCAAUUGUUUGCACUCCGCCCGUUACUGAUGACGUUCCGCCCGUUCUUCAGGCGCCGCCAAUCGUUCACGAGCCAAUGCCUAUGAAAUCGUUGAUUUCGCCUCCACCACCACCACCACCAACGCAACCACCACAACAAACAUGUGCAUCGCAAAAGAUGGCAAUGAUUGGUCCAGAACAUCAAUUGCUCAAAUUCAUUAUGGAUAACAAACUUGAAACAUCUGAUGUC